AUGAUGUCGAAGCCAACCGCCAGCGCUAGCAAGCCCCGGGCUCGGAACACCGCCACCGAUGAGCAGGUAAAGAAGAUUCUCAGGAGCAACCUCAGCAACCUGGGCACGGCUUACAAAGAGACGGACCGCCCUCUUCCGGAGGGGAAAGCGGUGGGGAGUGAGUGGGUUCCGGGAGCACACGGGCAUGGCUGCUGCGCGCACCACCUCGUGCAGCUAGUCGCUCGCUCACUCACUCACAAAGAGACGGACAUGGAGCUGAUCGUGGCAGGCUAUGAAUCCUUCAUAGUCGAUUUUCUCAAGGUCUCACCAAGGCUGGUAGCGAAGCAGCUCAGCCGUUGUGCGGCAAAGGUCUUUGAAAAAGAAUCCCCGGCGGACGUUGAUAUGUUCGCCCGCCAAGUUGCGUAUUCGCUGAGCUAUGUUCGCAUCAAAAUGAAAGCCGUGACGUCUGGCAAGAAGACUCACCCGGCUAUCAAGCGGGUCUGCGAGUGCUUGCAGAAGCUAGAUGCAGAUGAGCUUCAGCAGGAUCGCCUGAGUUCGCUUCGCAAGAGAGUGCAUAGCCCAGACAGGUCUGCGGGCGGCAUGCACAUGUGGAAAGGGUGUGCGAAUAUAAAGGCGAAGGCCAGUCCUGGCAAGAGGCACAAGUCUCAGUCGUCUCGAGAUCCUAGGCCAAGCAAGACAGGCACGACUUCGACUUCGGCAUCCACGUCUGCAGACAUCUAUGCCAUGUACGGUAUCUCCCGUGGUGCUGAGGAAGCCUUGUCGAAGACGGCUCCUGCAUCGCCCGCAAUCUCGAUCGCUAGCUGCAAUACAAUUCACAGCUCCGAUGGCCAGCCUGCGGAGGAUCUCGAGACCGCACCCGCAGAGGAGGCUUCCGGAUCCUCGUGGAUCACAUUGCAGUACUUUUGCAAGGCCUCCUGCAAGUACAUCACUCGGAUGGCGGACGGCACAGAAAAGCGGCAUGCUGUGUUCAAAGGACCUGAAGGAUUUCUCAAGACCAAGGUCUUCGGCAAGCUCAAGGACCUGGAUGUGCCCAACUUGUUCCUGCAGACCUUCGAGAAUGCAGCAGGCCGUGGUGGCAUCUCCAAGAUCAUGAAGCGGCCAGCCGCUAAGAAAACGGCUAAGAAGGCUCCUGCUAAGAAGGCUCCUGCUUCUGCCGGGUCUGCAUCUGCAGAUGGCGAGGCCGAGGAGCCCGAAGAGCCCGAGGAGCCUGAGCUGUCCACACCCCCGCCCAAGAAGCCAGCGACUCCGAAGUCCAAGUCCUCGCCGAAGCCAUCCCCGAAGUCCGCAGCGAAUCCAUCCCCGAAGGCCGCAGCUACCCAGGCUGGCAGUCCGAACAGGGACAGUCUCAUGUGUGCCUCCGUCCACUACAUCAUGGCUUCCGAUCGCACUUACAUCACCGGCAAGUUCGGUCCAACCAAGGCCUUGCUCAUCGAGAUCCACUCAAGGAAGUCCGACAAGCAUCGGGAUCUGGUCAAGGAGCUUUUCCUCGAGGCUGAGCGGCUUCAUUCGACUACCCCCUGGGGUGAGCUUCGUGAGCUGAUGCGGAACCGCCGUGAGGAGGUCCUCCAGCGGCAGGCUGAGUGA